AUGGCCAUUACUAGCAAAGCGACGCUCCCCACCAAGAGUAGCAACAAGAAGGGUCCUCGCAAAACCUCAAGUUUGCCUACCGAAACAGUCGAAUACCUGAAGGCUUGGAUGAUGUCUCCUGAACACAUUGCCCAUCCUUACCCCACUGAACCUGAAAAGGCUCAAAUCAUGGCCGACACAGGCAUCGAACUCAAGCAACUGACCAACUGGUUUGUCAAUAACCGCAAACGCUACUGGAAGCCACGAGUGGAAGCCCGCCUCCAGCAACAAGCGCGAGCUGCAGCUGCUGCGGCUCAAGCCCACGCCGCUGCGGUUGCCGUUGCGAAUGCGUCAGCAGCCCACACGAACCCAGUUUCUCCAGAACAAGGCUACAAGCCUUCUCUCCCACUCCCCCAUGCUGGCAAUGGCUUUGUUACGUUCGACUUGGGAAACCCAAGUGUUCCCACAAACAGCAACAACAACACCACCACCACCACCAAGCUUCCAUCCAGGAGGUAUACGCACUUGGUGGACACGGACAUGGCACGCGUCAUGGCGGAUCAUACUGCUAAUGCGGACCGUGACGAGCGCAUCGUCAGCGAGAACUCCAGUUCUGCUUCUGUCACUGCCUCGGACGAAGGCACGAUUAGUGACUCUGCGACCUAUCAAGAAGAGGAAGAAGAAGAAGAGGAAGAAAUUGUUCAACACAAUUCUUUCAAGACCUGCUCUCCAAGUGAACUUGACCAACAACAAAAACAAAAACAAGUGCAACAUGUGCAACAUGAGCAAAUGGAGUACGAAGAAGAUUACUCCAGCGAACAAACGACUGGAGAGUCCUCCUCUUCCGUCUCAAUAGCAUCUUCGGCACGUGCUACUAUUUCGCUUUCUUCUUUCGAAGAGUCUGCACCCACUACUACUGCCACCAAGAAGCGAGUCUUUGUUGCGGCUCCCACUGUUGUCACUGAAACAACCGAGCCUCGCAAAAAAUUCCGAAGGGUCAGUAUUGGACUCUGGCGAGAGACUUGCCAAAAGGCAGCGAAUGUCUACGACGACGAUGCCCUCCCAAGUCUGGAAGAAGCGACGCAGCUAUUUGGUUUCAGCCAUUAA